CCGAUGAUAGAGUUAAGCUAUUAGUUGUCUGAUGAUGGAUGAUAACUGAUGCCAUUUAACACCAGUUAAAUUUGAAAUAAACCGUUAGUUAGGAAUUCUUGCUCGCGCACGCAAACGGUCGUUGGUUUAAAAUCGUCAACAGUUGACGCUAACGUUUUAACCAGCUUUAAGUGAAUUCUUAGUUUGGGUCAUAUUAAGGUAACGUUAAAAUUAAUAUUUAACAUUAACAUUAAAGGAUGGAGAGAGACCGGGGUUUUAACUUCAAACUGUUGGUGCCUCCCAGGGUGAAUAACGGUCAGGUAUCUGCUGUUAGACCUCAGGAAAUUGUUGAGAACUGUGGUGAAUUCAUGAAUACGUUACAGCAAGGUUACAGUAAAUGUUUUGACAAAGAGCAAAACAUGCCUUUCCCCAAUACAAGUAUGGUUGCACCAACUAAACCAACCAGACAAGAUUUUCCCCAGAUGAAGGUGGUGCCACCAAUGGAAAAAGAGGAGAAUAAUUGCAAUCCAGGACAGCUUUAUUCUAAGCUGUUUGAUGAAGUUGACAAAAUCAAGUGUUGGAAAGUCAAAGCUGACUCUGACACAGUGCAAAGGGAAAGGAAACUCCAAGAAAACAAAAGAACAAUUGAAACUCAGCGCAAAGCCAUUCAAGAACUGCAGUUUGGAAAUGAAAGUCUCAGUAUAAAGCUAGAGGAACAGAUCAGUGAAAAUGAGGAUUUGAAGAACAGAAACAAUGCAACACGGAAUUUGUGUAAUAUACUCAAAGAUACCUUUCAGCGGUCAGCUGAGAAAAUGCAUUUAUUUGAAUCUGAAAGAGAGGAAACACAUCACCUCCUAAUGGAAAAUAGUGAGAGUAUUCAGAAACUGAUUGCAGCAUUCGAAAGCCUUCGUGCUCAAGCUGAAGUUGAUCAACAAGAGAUGCUGAAAGUCAAAGGGGACUUGCAGCAAUUUGAAGAUCUAAAAGAUAAAUAUCAUCAAGAAUACAGCAUAAAAGAGGAAGAGGUUGUGAUGCUUCAAACAAAACUGAAGGAUAAUGUCAAUGAACUACAAAAAAUCCUGCGUGACCUCCAUGAGACUCAAGACCAAUGCAGACAACUCCAAAAGGAAACAGAUCAACAACAUGAACUUCUCAAAAGCUCAAAAGCUGAACAGGAAUCCCUCCUUCAAAAACUGCACACUGCAGAGCAGCGCUGUACAGAAACUGAGACAAGUCAGGAAGCCAUUGCUGCAAUGCUGAAACAGAGUAAAGAAGAACAUGCACAGAUCAUCCAAAGCAAAGAUUUAAGCUUGCAGGAGCUCAGCAGAGUUAAAGAUCAACAAGCAAAGAAGCUGGAGGAGAUUCAGACAACCAUUCAGGAGCUACAGAAUUCACUGGCCUUAGAAAUACAGAGGGUUAAGGAAUGUGAGGAUAAAUUCAUGGCAAACAACGAGGAACUUGAAAGGAAAAACAUACUUUUAGGAGAGGCCACAGAGCAAAGUGCAAAAAAGAAUGGGCAGAUCAAAAUCCUUGAAAAUGAACUGGACAAAGCAUCAAAAUCCAUGGAGGCCCUGAAGGGCAAGAUGGAUGUCCUUGAGGUCAGAGUGGAGGAACUCAAAGCUGAGCUUUCAAGAAAAACCGAAGAAGCCCAGCUAAUUAAGAGUGAAGCAGAGAUUGCCUUUGCUGAAAAUGAGCAACUUAAGAAAGCUUGUGAAACUGCUGAAACGGCACAUGAGGAUUUAAAGGAGGAGUUCAAUACAACUGAGAUCAAAGUGCAGGAGCUGGAGGGACACUUGUCCAGUGAAAUGAAGAAAAAUGAAGAAUACACUUUUCAGAUGGAGCGACUGAGGAAAGACCUCUCACAGCACGAAGUAAAGUACGAGGAGCUAUUAGCCAACUUUAAUGAGCUGCAGUCUGAGAAGAAGGCCAUCGAACAGCUAUUUGAGAGUGGAUCCUCUAAUGUGAAAGCUAUUGAAGCAAACAUGAAGGUGAGUGAGGAGAAGGCUCACAAGCUCACAAGAGAAAUUCAAAGACUGGAAGAGGAAAACAAAUGUUUACGAGAGGAAGUGAACUCAAUUAAAACCAACAUCCAGGGGAGAUAUCAAGAGACUGAGACUUUGCAGAAGAAAAUUGAAGAAAAUUGUGAGCAUUUCCAGGAGGAAAUUACAGAAAAAGAAAAAACGAUCAAAGCCGUGGAGGCAAAGCUGUGCAAUCUCAGGAGAAAAUUUGAAACUAAACUUAAAGCCCAGGAGGAAUACCAGAAAGAGAACAAAAUGCUUAAGAAACAAAUAGCAAAGGAGAUUGUGAAAUCCAGUCAACUUGAAAAUGUGAUCAGCGGUCUUCACGAGGAGUCCCAGAACCUUAAAAGACUGAACGAGGAAGAACAUCAAAAAUUGCUUAAGGAUCUUGAGUCCAAAUCAACCUUUGCAUUAGAGCUUGAGAAUGAGGUACAAAAGCUCAGAUUAACAGCAGCAGAGGCCAUCAAGAACAAGGAAGAUGCAGAACUCAAGUGUCAGCACAAGAUAGCAGAUAUGGUCGCACUGAUGGAAAAACACAAGAGCCACUAUGACCGGAUGGUUGAAGAGAAGGAUGCAGAGCUUGAUGAGAACAAGAAGAAAGAGAUGAAGGCAGUUGCUCAUAAGAAAUCACUGGAGGUGGACGUCUCGAACCAUAAGACAGAAAAUGAUCAGCUGAAGAAACAGCUGAUGACAGAAAAGACAGAGAAGGAAAAUCUACAGAAGGAGCUAACUGAUUUGAGGAAAGAGAUUUCAUCAGUGAAAAUCAUUCAGCUGUCAGAAGCAAGUAACAAGCAGUCACCUGCCUUCAGCCAUAAGCAAGGAAGAUGUUCAGAGACUCCCAAAGAAAACUCUUCAAAGAAACACGUGUUUGACUUCUCUGAGACCAUGAAAACGCCCUCCUACCACAAAGAUACUGGAAGUACUGCAGUUAUGAAAAAGGCUGAAUCUGGCACUGAAUCCAUCAGAACAUCAUGUGGAACAACACCAAAGACCAAGGAAAUUCUCAAUGAAGACCUGAAAACCCCGAAAAGUAUUACAAACAGGGUUGGCGGAACAUCAAAGAUCAAAUCCUACAGAAUAAGGACACCCCCUUUUGCUGAAAAGGCAGCAUGCUGGGGGAAGAGCGCCAUUCAGCUUGACCCCAAGUCUGACAGCUCUGAUCAAAAUGAUCUUUUGACCUUUGCAGAUGCACCUGCACCCAGUUUUUCUGCUCCACAUUCCAAACGCAACAUGUUCAAAAAGAGCCCUGUCAGUCAUAAGUCACCAGGGAACUCCUUGAAGCUAGCUGCAAUGAAAAGAAUGAGGGAUGCUGGUUGGACUGCUGUUACUGGCUGUGACAAAAAAAAGAAGAAGACUAAUGAGAAAAUCUUUGCAUAAAUAGCACUGUGACAGGUCAGAUAACCAGUGAUUAUAACCCUAUUAGACAGCUUUAGAUGUUCAUAUUCUAACUUUAACAUGCAUAUAUAGCACUGUCUAUCCAAAUCAGAUUGAUGGUAAUAAUAAUAAUAAUAAUAAUAAUAAUAAUAACAGGCAAAUUUUCUUAACAUGCAUAGAAAGUAUUGUUAUGGAUCAGAUCAGCAGUAUUGUUAAGAACAAUCAAAUGUGGGUGUUUCAAAUUUAGCUAGUUUGUUUGGUUUGUUGAGGUAGUUUUUAAGUGACUGUCAAGUCAUCCUCAUUGCUUUUAAGUACUUUGAAAAAGAAUCUCUUGCUAGAGUUGUAUUGAAUAAUUUAUCUUUACUGGCGUUCAUAUGAAAUCUCAUUCAUUCUGCACAAGUUUAUAUUGGCUGUAUGGUAACAGGUGUAGUUGCUAUGUGUUACUAUCUACUUCUGUGUUACCAUGACUUACUAUUGACAGUGAUAUGAGUAAAAGUAAUGUUCAAAUUCCUCAA